AUGAAAACUUGGAUAGUUCUCGUCUUCGGAAUAGUUGCUUCGGCUUAUUCUCUUAAUCAAAAUGUUGAAUUUUUGAAUGAUUUGAAGGAGGAAGGAAUAUUUGGAUCGGAUUUUAUCGAUACUGAGGCACCCAAUUAUAAAAAACAAUUAUUGAAAAUUGUUGACAACAAUGUGAGUUAGCCUAAGAAGCCUUCUGAAGACUUCUGAACUCUUCCAUAGCCUUCUGAAGCUCUCAGAUGCCUUUUGAAGCCUAUGAAGCCUUCUGAAGCCUUCUGAAGCCUUCUAAAGGUUUCUGAAGCUUUCUGAAACCUUCUGAAGCUUUCUGAAGCCUUUUGAAGUUUUCUAAAGCCUUAUGAAUUUUUCUGAAGCCUUCUGAAGCCUUCUGAAGCCUUCUGAAGCCUUCUGAAGAUUUCUGAACUCUUUCAAAGCCUUCUGAAGCCUUCAGAAGGCUUCAGAAACCUUCAGAAGGCUUCAGAAACCUUCAGAAGGCUUCAGAAACCUUCUGAAGGUUUCUGAAAGCCUUCUGAAUUUUUCUGAAGCUUCUGAAGCCUUCUGAAGCCUAAAAUUUCCAAAUUUCAGAACGCAAACCUCCCAGCUUUAAUCAACUGUUGCACUGAUUUUCUCACCUCAAAUUUGUCGUCUCAUGAAACUUCAAUUGUCAAAAAUUUCAUUCAAAGCCAGGAUCAACAAGGAUUUUUCCAAGGCAAAAAAUUCGAAGAUUUCGGAGAUGAAUAUAAAAAUAUUAUCGGAAAACUUUUGGAAAAUUCUGGAGAUUCCACAACAACUUCAGUGAGUUUAUCUUGAGCAAACUUCGAAACGAGAAAAUUUUUAGACAAUCGAAUUCUGCAAGAUGGCUCCAUGGUGGCGACGAAUUUUCAAAUUCCUUGAAUUUUUUGAAUGGUUGGCUAGAGAUCAGGUAACUUCGAGAAUCAAGCCACAAAAAAAAGUAAAUUUCCAGAUCGACAAUUUGACUGAAUUGUACAAAAAUGAAAAAUGGCACGAACUCCUCGAUUUGCUCUCAGAACGAAUCAGAAACUUGUAUUAUGAAGACACAUAUCAUCUUCACAAACAUUCGAAGCUUCUGAAAAAAACGUGUACUGGAAGUGCUAUGGUAUUUCUUCACACCAAAGAAAAACAAGAUGUUGUGAGUUUUAUGGGACCAUCGGAAGCGGGACCAUAAAAAAAUGACCAGAGGAUUUUUUUUUCAGUUCCGAAAACUUCUGGAGAAUGGUUACAUCAGAGGUGCAUAUGAAUGGGCGAUUUACAACAUCGAUGUCUCUUCCAAUAAGAAUUUUUAUUUGGUAAGUUACUGUAACUGUAACUGAAAAAGUUUUUGAAAUCGGAACUUCAGAUUCAAAAAGCCUUUCAAAUCUGCCUGAAACUUCAAAGCUACUCUCCGGAUCUUAUAAAUACCCGUCUCGCAAAAGUAAGUUGAAAAUUUAUUUUUCAAAAUCUCCCAAGUGAUUCCAGCGAAACACAAUGAUCGACAUUCGACAAAUCAUCAGAGAAACCAUGGAGACACCAGAGCUCGCAAACAAAUUGGAUUUGGAAGAUUUGUUGAGAUCGAUGAUGGGUUAUGUGGAGAAUAAGGCGAGUAUUGGAGAAUCACGGGAUUUUGUUGAAAGAUUUGUUUAUUAUUGUGAAGAAGUUAUUGGAAAUCGUUCGGAAAUUGCGAAUUAUAGUGGAGUUUAUGGUGCUGGAAAAUCUGAAGAGGUCUUGGAAGAAAAUAAAGUGAGUUGGGGGCCUAAGAAGCCUCUGGGAGCCUCUGGGAGCCCUAAUUUUAAGAUAAAUUUUUUUAGUGCCACUCUGGAGCCGCUCACCUUGAACUCGAACACCAGAUUCUGAACACUGGCAGCGCAUUGAUUGAAACAUUGGCACCGUAUUGUCAAUUCGGACUCUCAAUAUCUUGCCAGGCAAAAUAUGAUACAACUUAUGUCAAACGAGAUUGGUUCAACCACCCGUAUCAAAUCCAGGAAGAUCAACACAGAUACCAUCAACACGGACCAAAUCCCAGUGAAAAUCUGAUGGCUGUGGCCAAAAAUUUGACACUCAAAAAUUGA